CCGGUCCGAUGCAGCCCAAUUGGAUUCUACGAUGCUCUCAGUCUAAUCGAUUCCAUUCAAGUCUUUUUCGCUCUACCCUAACUCUUGGCGCCUUAGGGUUGCUGUGAUGGCUUCCGGCAGAGACGACGCGGAUCGUCCCGCUGAAUCCCAAACUUCAUCUAAGAACCCUUACAAGGACCCUGACGAUGGUCGCCAACGAUUUCUUCUCGAGCUGGAGUUCGUUCAAUGUCUCUCCAACCCGACUUACAUCCACUAUCUUGCUCAAAAUCGCUAUUUUGAGGAUGAGGCCUUCAUCGGAUACUUAAAAUAUCUAAAAUAUUGGCAAAGGCCUGAGUACAUAAAGUUCAUAAUGUAUCCUCAUUGCCUUUUCUUUCUUGAGCUUCUCCAAAAUGCUAACUUUCGGAAUGCAAUGGCACAUCCUGGUAGCAAGGAGUUGGCUCAUCGGCAACAGUACUAUUUCUGGAAGAACUACAGGAACAACAGAUUGAAGCACAUUCUACCGCGUUCCCUUCCUGAACCUCCUUCAGUUCCAGCUUCAGCUCCAGCUCCAGCUCCUCUUCUGGCUGGAGCGCCGAUUCCAAAUGCAGCUCCACCUCCACUUCCAUCAAUGCCACCUAUGACUUCUGCUGCCUCAGCACUCUCUCCAAUGCAGUUUGUGGGACAACCUGGAUCUGCCAUCCCAAAGAGUGACAUCAGAAAUACCAUGGGAGAUCGUAGGAAGAGAAAGUGAUAUGGCUUUAGAGUCAUAAUGUCGGUCCAGUAAAACAUGCAUCCAAGAGGAAAGAAGAUUGAAAGGGCCAAAUCAUUCCUAGAAGAAAAUGAUCAGGGCCUAUGUCCUGAUAUGGAGCAUAGCUUACAUAACAAUAUUUCAUGGUAUUGAUGGCUUCGAAGAAACUACAAAUCACUCUCUAGGAUGCGUUGCUGCUUCAGUUUUCUUUACUGACGAAGUCUGUGGCUUGUGGGUUUUUCACUCUCAAACUUCCUUCCACCCAGAAGGUUCUCAUGGCAUACUGACAUGGAUGGUCGUAUCGAAGCUUAUAUCUUAUUCAUUAUUUCAAGUUCAGAGUUGUCAAUCCACAAGAGGGUAGAUGUAGCGUUAGCCAAAUUGGUAUCCAAUUCUCAAGUUGUCGUGGUUGUUGAGAUAAACACUUUGCUUGAAAUGAUUUCUCAACUUUGUUGAUAUGUUUGUUUGAUAUGAUGUAGUAUCAUGACACAUGUAACAUGAAGUUAUGAUUCAUGUUCGACUAUGUCAAGAUUUUGACCGGUCAAUUAAAAUACCAGUACUUCAA